GAAGUGCAUUGCACAAGAGCCAUAACUCCAUUUUGACAAAAAUACAGAGUUACUGCCCUUUGAUACUUUUCCUUGUCCGGAGCAUAACUUAAAACGUACUGGUUGGAAUUCAAAACAACUUCAUACAAUGGUCAAGCACAAUAAGAGGAAGUGCAGUGCACAAGAACUAUAACUCUAUCUUCAGUAUUUAUAGAGUUAUUGCCCUUUGUUCCUUUUCUUUGUCUUUCUGGACUUAUUACAGAGUAAUUCAAUUAAACUUCAUCAAUGGCCAACCACAUUGAAAGGAAAUGCAAUAUACAUGAACCACAAUUAUCUUUAAUUGCCCACAACCAUAACUCUAUGUUUCAAUUCUAUUACAAGGUAUUCUGUUACUAGUAACAUCCUCAUUUCCGAAGCAGACUUGUGGGGGUAUUAAUCACAUUUAGUGAUAGUUCUAGUUUCCUUUGCUUCCGAGAAAUCUCCCCUUUCCAGACCUUUGUGGCAUAUUCUGCAUACACAAAUUUGUUAAUUAUAUACAUGAAUAUCAGCCUUAUUAAAAUUAUUAUUAAUUUAUUUUAUUUCAGAAAUAAAAGAGUGUUACAACAGCACUGCAGCUGUUUCAGACUGGCCAUUAGAUUUUGGAAUUACGCUGUGUUAUAAUGAAUUUAAAAUUGGAACCAUUCUGUAGUUAUCUGACCUUGCCAUCAUGCAUGGACAGCAUAUGGACUACUAUCUAGAUCCAGUCAUGGGGAAAGUUUUGAAUGAAAGUGAAGGGCAAGUGCAUCAAGGUUACCAUGGUAAUCACAUGUACCUAGACAACAUGGUUCUCGGCUCCCCAACAGGAUCCAUGCUACCUAUGGAUGCAGAUAUACAUUUAGGAGGCCCUGAUAUGAAUUACGACAUGCACAUGACUAUGGGCGAAAGGGCAAUUACAUCUAGCACAGGAAACGACCCCAAGAAGAAAAAAGGGGCGGGUAUUGUUGGAAAGAGUAUAGAGGAGGAGUUGUGUAGGAUUUGUGGAGACAGGGCCUCUGGAUAUCAUUAUAAUGCACUCAGUUGUGAAGGCUGCAAAGGAUUUUUUAGAAGAAGUAUCACUCGAGGAGCAUCAUACCACUGUAAAUAUGGUGGUAACUGUGAAAUGGAUAUGUGGAUGCGACGGAAAUGUCAGGCGUGUCGACUCCGGCGAUGCCGUGAAGUUGGAAUGAAAGAAGAGUGUCUUUUAUCAGAGGAACAAUGUAAAGCAAGAGAUGUGCGUAGGAAACAAAAAUCCACAAAAGUGAAAAAAAAUUCAGAAUCAGUGAACAGUCCUGAAUCAGUGGUGGACAAAUACGAAGAUGUUGACAGUAAAGAGAAAGUGAAAGUGAAAGCUAAUAUUAGACCUGAGACUAUAAUUGAUAACGAGCCACUAUUACGUGUAAAGGAAGACACUAAAACAUUAGUUGAAAAAGUUGUUUUCCUUCAAGAUAAAUACGAGUUUCCAGAUGAAGCUGUCAUUAAAUCAGUUAACGAUGUUUCCGCUGAUCUGGUCAACAUUGAAGCUGUAGCAGGGGACGCCCUUUUAUCUCAGCUUGCCAAAAUGACUGUCAUCAUCACUCAUUUAAUUGUGGAAUUUGCUAAAAAUCUACCUGGUUUUACUCGUAUUAGUAAAGACGACCAAAUUGUUCUGUUAAAGGCUGCGUGUAGUGAAGUCAUGGCUGUACGGGCUGCCAGAUGCUAUGACCUCCAGACUCGUACCAUAGUGCUUGCCAAUGGCACCCCUUGCUCACUAGAUAAUAUGAUAGCCGCUGGCGGUAGCACAGACUACUGGAAACAGGUUUUCAACUUUUGUCACGCGCUGGCUGAUGCGCGUACUGACAAUACAGAAUAUGCUCUGUUCACUGCGAUUUGUAUAUUUUCAGAGCGCCAUGACAUUAAAAAUAAAGACCAAGUGGAGCAGAUACAGAAAAUUUAUGUGGACGCUUUGUCAGAAUACCUUGAGAAGAAGCGGUAUCACAGCGGCACGUGCCUCGCCAAGUUGCUCGUACGUCUCAGUGAUUUACGUAGCAUAAGCAUCGAGCAUUCGAAAAUGUUGACUAUGAUGCACAUGGACGAGGGUUUAAUGCCGCACAUUGUUCAGGAUAUAUACAUUCAAAAUUCAUGAGGAAAAAAGAGAACUUGAGUUGUACAGGGUUACAUAUAUAUGUUAUCAUUGUUAAGUUUUGAUAAAAAAAAUGUGAGGGAAAAAGUGCAAAAAAAAAAUGUGUAAAAAAUAAAAUAAAAUUAUAUUGAUGAUUAUAUUCCUGGGGAAAAGAUAUAAUGAAAAGUGCUGAAUACUUACAUAUGCUGACAGUUUUUUUUGGUAUGAACAAGCAAAUUACCAUGUGAUGGAAACUUGAAAAAGUGAAUUCUGAGAAGUGUACUUAAAAGUGUAUCAAAAUACUCUGAUAAAUUUGAGAUGAUACAAUAUGGAAAUUUAUCACAUAGACAAGCUGCCAAUAGUAAUAUAUAUAUAUAACAUAAUUAUUCAUGUGUAGUACUGGUAUUACAAACUUAAAGCUAGCCACGCAUCACACGUUAUGAUAUGGUCUGAAGUUGCCAGUCUGAAGUUUUUUGUGGGUUUUUCGCCAAUUUCUAUAAAUAGACAGAAGUAAAACAGCUGGGAUUGACUAUGACACGAAGAAAGCAGACAAAAUAAGAGACAGAUAUUCGAUAGAGUUUGUCUGAAAUUAUGAUCAUAUGUUAAAAAUUCAAGAGCAGAAGCAGACCUCACAAUAGUGCAAUGAAAAGGAACGACAAAUGCUUAUAAUUCAUGUUAUUCCGAUUCAGUGAUGUUACAUUUAUUACUGUACAAUCUUUUAUUUAUAUCCAGUACAAUGUUAUUAAUUUAAGAUAUGAAAGGAUUUUGUUUCAAACAUAUGCUAACACAUCUUCCAAAUCCAUGAAACUUUUUUGGAACAAUUUUUUUCUCUCGCCAGAUUUGAUAUCAAUUAGAUCUAUUUCUAAAAUGGAAAGAAAGAAAACAAUUUAUAUAGACCUCUUGCAAUUGAUUUUUCAAGCCCAAAUUCUAAUUUCCCUUAGACUUAACGCUUCUUUGAAAUAAAAUCUUUCCUAAAAUUGAAUUUGGCGAUCAAAAUUUUGAAACUCUGCAGGAGAUAAGUUUAGCACUAGCUGCAUUCUGGGAUGGGUAUUGAUUGUUCAUAAUUCCAGAACUCUUUAUUGAUCCUUCAGCAGAUUUUUUCCUUUCUUGGGUAAUAACAAAUUACUGCGAUAUAGCAGACAGGAUAUUAAAAUAUUAAAUUGAUCAAAAAAAGAAAAUAUCUAGAGAAAAUGCCAACUCGUGCUUUUACAUUAAUCCAGUUUUCGAUUAGACUGUAUCCUGUUGGAUUUCUAAAGCAACUUUUUUUCUGUUGAUGUAUUAAUGGUACAUUAGGCAUUAAUUAGUUUUUGUAAUUAUUGUAUCAUUAUCUAAACAGGUCAUCUUGACACCAUUCUGUUAUUAAAAAUUCAUGAGGGUUAUACAUGUAUUCAAAUACUGUAUUAAAAGUACAAAUAUAUAGUAAUUGCUUUAAAGUAAUUGAGUACAAUGAGUGGGUUUUAGUGUCAUUAAUAUAAUUGGAACUCUUAAGCAGCACAUGUGGAAUAUCAAAAGUUUACAUUAAAUACCAAUAGCUUUUUUUUACCCACAUCUAUUCAACCUGCAUGAAUUUCUAUCAGGCUAUAAAAGUAGUAACAGAAAUGAAUGCUGGGUGUUUAAUUUUUUUUUGUCAACUGAGACUUUGGCUAAUUAUACAUGCAGAUAAUUAAGGCACAGAACAUGAUUAACCUUCUCUGGAGCAAAGUUUUGACAAUAAUUUAUUUGACUCAAGCAUAUUUAUUUACAAUAUAAUUACCAUCAAAUACAAAAAAAGGAUUGAGAAGAAAGCAACUAGUAUUUUAGAAACUCUCUCCUGGAGCUUAUAGUCUAAUGAUCUGAAGAAAUUGAAAUGCUGGAAUAUUAACUCUUCGGAUCUCAGUAUGAUAAUGCCUAACUUUCGCAGUAGAAAAUGCCUAACUUUAGCAGGCAACAAUGGUGUCUGGUCAGGUAUAAAGUAUUCUGACUUGGGUCUGCUAUAGCAACAUGGAUUAGUUGUUAUUGUUGUAGACACACAGUAAGGGUUAAACAGCUAUUUAUCAAAGAAAAUUCUAGGAUUUGUUUACUCAGACAAAAAUGACUAAAAGAUUUCAAAGGCUAGACCUGUUUCUCAAUGGCAAAAUAAUGGCUGAGAACAUUUCUAACCGAGAACAUUAAUUUGGACUUAAAGCCAAUUUGUAGUUAGAUUCUUUUUUGCAGAACAUAUUGGUUGUACAUAGGAAUGCAUCAAUUCACCAUAUCUAUUUAAUUAUUAAGGCUAUUGUGUUUUCUGCAUUGAAUAUAAGCAUAUUAUGUUUGUUUUAAUGUAUGUAGCUGUUACAGUGUUUUGAUAAUAAGCUCUCAACAGAUGUUGCACACUGUUGAUGGUGAUAUAUGGCUGUUAUAACUCACUUCUUGUAUUGUGAUAAUAAACUGCUGUUACAAUACACUCCCUAUGGUAACAGUUUACAGUCGACCAUACUGCCACCCUGUGUGUGAUAAUAUGUAGCUAUUACAUUUUACUCCCUGUGUGUGGUGAUAUUGUACUUGCUCUGUGUGAUAACAUGCAGCUAUUACAUUUUACUCCCUCUGUAUGAUUAUAUAUGGUUGUUACAUUCUACUCCCUCUGUGUGAUAACAUACAACUGUUACAAUAUCUCCUUCUGUAUAGGAUAAUAACACACAACUAUUACAUUCUGCUUGUAAAAGUGUAUGUAGAUUGUAUAUCUUUUUGUUGCCAGCACUAUAUUGACACCACGAGACUUCAUUACUUUAAUUACCUAAAUCAAUACUGUUCAUAUCUGUAGGAUAAAGGAAUUUAAUUUAGAUGGAAAGUUUAACUGAUAAAAGACUCUGCUAUGUCAAGAUGUCUGUAGUUGAUAUAAUUAUUUCUGUUCUAAAGCUUUGAAAGAUUUCUAUUCAUCAUCAGUUGCUUGAAUAAGUUUUAAAGAUUUUGUGCUUUUAUAUAAGGAAUAUUAGACUGUUAUAUUAAUUAGGAAAUUAAUGUACUGACUGAACAGUGAACAUUGCAGGCCAUUAUCAAGACCACAUAAGAACUAAAUUCACCGAGACGUUUAAUAUGACACAUUAAAAGGAGAUAAAAAUAAAAUUAUAAUCAUGGUCAUAAGAACUUUUCUAUUUUAUCUACAUAAAACACUGCAAAUUUGAAAUGGUAUUUUUCCUUCUCUACACACACCUCUCAAGUUGCAAAAUUUUAGUGUAAGAAGUAUUUAUUUUCAAAAAUGAGGAAAUAUGUAUGACAACCCUGAUUAUAAAAGUUGUUUUUAUACCAAUUGAUUGUUAACAUAUAAGUAAGGAUGGCUGUCAUUAAAGGUAAUGCAUAAACUUAAUGAUCUCAUUACUGAUGACUCUUAUAUGACAAAGAAUCAAAUUAGUUACGGAAAAGAUCUUUUGGGAUUUAAGAUGUAAUACAUAUGGAAAUUUUCAACAGUUUGCAAAUUUGAAUAAAUGUUUUUUUAUUGAUAUUCAGAAAAUCACUUUGGAAAAUGUGUAGAGUUUUUACAAGGAUGUUGUUCUACAGUGAUGAAGAAGAAGGACUUUUAUUUGUAUUUACCCCUAAGAAGGGUCAUUGACAAAGCAUAGAUAUCUAUACAUAAAAAAACAGAAACCUGGAAAUACAUGACAAGAAGUUGAGAUGGCUUAUCCAUUCACAUGAAGUAAUAUUAUAGUAAAAUAGGAAAGUAGCCUCAUAUACAGUUUGAGCUGUACCAUUUUGUGUUUAAAAAUAACUAAAGAUGAGGGAAUUUCUUUUAAUAGUGGUGAAAGUGUUCAGCACUGAUAAAUACAACAAACUUGUGAUUUCCUGUAUGGUUUUGAGAAAAAAAAAGAGUAAAAUUAUCAUGAAAUUAUUAUUUCCCCUUCCAAAGCCCUUUUAAAUAAUUAUUGCACAACCUGUGAGAUUUUGAAGAGUGGAGGCACGGCAUUCAGUGCUCCAUCAUUUUCACUUCAUGUUCUUAAAGAUUGGCUGGAUUUAUGUGAAAUUUUACUGUUUAAAAACAAUCAAUACCCAACCUAGUUGUUAAAUGUAGUCGGCAUGGUGGUGUUACAGCCCUUUUCUAGUUUUUUUUUAUAACAUAAAGGGGUAUAACUGUUAUUUGUGUCAAGUACAGUGUAUGUUAUAUAUACAUUGAUGAUAUAUUUGCUUCAAGGUAGUGACUUGUUAAGAUGAAAGCUCAAGGUUGUUUCAGAUUCCAGAAACAAUCCAGAUUCUUCAUAUUGGUGCAUUUUGAUUGGCUAAUUACUGUGUGUUACUAUAGUUAGAUGAUGAUGAUGAUGAUAUUACUUUAUUUAUAAGUUUUAAUCCAUGUUAAUGAUAUGAUUUAACAAGAAUUUUAGUUGAAAUCUUUUUUUUUUGCAUAUAUAAUAUAUAUAUAUUUACCAUGUUAUAUUUUUGUGUGUAUAUAUUAUAUAUAAUACAUGGCAUUGUUAUUGUAUAGAUAAUGUAUUAAGAACAAUAAUUUAUCAUGUAUACUUAGGUGAAAAAGAAACGAGACAUUGUAAUAUUUUUGCUAUACAUUUGAAAAUGAAACUGUCAGAUGAUUUUUGUUAACUUACAGAAGAGGAGUGAUUCUCAGCCCAGAAUUAAAAGAUAGGGGAAGGGGAUGUUGACCUGGGCAACAGGCUUUGGAAUCCCAUGUUUUAAUUUAUCCAACAAGCAUGGUCAUUAUUUAUGCCCUUGUAACUAAACUAUUAAAUUGGAAAUUUGAAUUAUAUUUAGAUCUUGUAACUUCUCAAUAAAAACAGACAAUGUAUCUUAGAUUUUUUUUCUAAUUUCAGUGAGAAGAAAUUUCAAUUGAAAAUGUUUUAUCUGGUUUAGAAUUCCUUUUUUGACUACUGUGCGCUAUAUAGCACAAAUGUCUUACAAUUUUAAUUUUCUAUUUCUCCUAAAGUAUAUAUAUAAAGUUGAAAAUGAAACAUUGGGGGCAUUUUUGAAUGAAUGUUAUUAGUAAGAAAGUUUGUAAAACCUGUUACAUACUGUUGUAUCAAAGAUCUCAAACAUGAUGUGUUUACCUCUCAGAUCAUUGUAUUGUUAGGUGUUGUUGUUUUUAAAACAGCACCACUCCAGAUGAGGUGUCAAGAUUUUAAGCAAAUUCAAUGAAUUGUUUUGCGAAAAAAUAUAUUAAGUUUUCAAGAGUUUAGGAAAAAUAACAUUCUGCUUGUAAAAGUAUAUAUAGAUUGUAUAUCCUUUUGUUGCCAGCACUAUAUUGACACCGCGAGACCCCAUUAUUUUAAUUACCUAAAUCAAUACUGCUCAUAUCUGUAGGAUACAGGAAUUUAAUUUAGAUCGAAUGUUUAACUGAUAAAAGACUCGGCUAUGUCAAGAUGUCUGUAUAGUUAUUUUGUUUCUAAAGCUCUUUUGACUGUAAGAAUUUCUAUUUUUUUGUCACUAAGUACUUUUCCAUCACAUAUUUAGACCCCAAAAAUAUGAAAUCUUAAGGUCAUUUAUUUCUAAGACUAGAAUAAAGCAUUUUAUAUUUACUAUAGACAAAAUAAUUGAAAUUUGCAAAAGAAAUAAUUUAAAAAAAGAAAUUAAUUUGAAUCUGGGAACAUGGUACAGAAAAGGAAACUUCUCUUGGUUUUGCAUCUAAAGAUUAUCUGAAGUUGAGCAAUUUAUGGUCAUCUGGACUCUCUUGUUUAUUGGGACUGUUUUUUAUGGAUAACUUUGUUACUGCUUAAGUAAAAUUGUAGUUUUAUAAUUAUAUAUUUAUCAUAUGUCACUGCUGCACAUUUAUUGACUUAUAAGGUUGCUUACAUACAUUCUUACUUGAUUAAUUGAGAAAGAUAUCAUUUGUUUGCUCUUGUAAAUUCUUAAGUUGCUGGAUUUUGUAUAAAUUUUUGUCAAUUUUGUCAACUGUUUCUGAAUACACCUUCUUUCUUUGAUUGAUAUCUCAUAUCCAUGAUAAAGGGUAAAUGCAUUGGUUCGUGUUUGUGUCUUUUGACAUUUUCUGCCAUUUCUUUAUAAUAGUCAAUUAUCAAGUUGAUCAACUGAUCUUUCAUGUUUUUUUGUAUGCUGUAACAUUCAUAGAGAAGCAAAUGGUCAAUAUUUAAUGAAAAUAAUGGAUAUUUCUCUUUUUUCUGUAGUUUCACAUUGAUUACAGCAGUAGUGGCACCAGGGAUCAAGGUUCAUCAAUCAAAUACUGCAUGUCAUUGUUAUUUAUGAUUGUAUUGCAUUACUUGAUUACCAUAGUCCCAUUAAUCUGAGUUCAGUGUGUGACAUAAAAUGGAUUCAAGGUCUCCAGGUGUCUAAUCUAUGACUGCAAAUCCUGCUUUUUUUACUCAACCAUACACACCUAGUAUAAUGCUGUCAAGUAUUUUCUAGCCCAUUUCAAAUCAAACAUUUAAUAAUCUAUUUGAAUCAUGUCAGUUUCCUUUUUCAUUUAGUUAUAUAUUGUAUAUGGCUCCAUUAUUUUAGUUGAUUUUAUCUGGUAUAUACUUUGUUUUACAUUAAGUUUAACAUUGUGGUAAUGAUGUUUGUUUUGUGUUAUUUUGUACUGAAUUGUAUUGGUACCUCACAGGUGGUUAGUUUUGUCCAAUCUAAACCAGCUGAGAGUUUGUACACUGAAGACACAGAAUCUUAUAUGAUUAUGAAAAAUAAGUGACAGUUGUAAAAUUCCUUGCAUAUCUAACACACAAGAGGGUAUUAUUUUUAAUCACAUAUUUGCAUUCAGUGUUAACAAUUUACACAACCUUGAAGUAGGAGUGAAAUAUCAAAUAAAUUUCACUUUAUGCUCUCAAUGUGAGUGGUAUGCAUUAGAUUAUUAUGUGGUGAAAUAUCUUUUUUGAAUUAAUGUGACUUGUUCACUGAGAACCAUUAUACAGUAAGCAAUACAGCUUAUAUAUCACUGAAAGUUUUAAAUAUUUCUUUCAAGUUGAAUAUAACAUAUAUUUUCUCAUUAUGGACUUGUAACAAUCACUAUAGUGCAGUAACAGUAUAACUCCUAAUUAGAUAAUUUAUUAGGAGUUAGCCCUUUACUGCACUAAGGUACCUUUUCAAUAUACUUGUUGUUUAAGUUACUUAUUAAAUUAAAUAAACUUACCUUUUCAAAAUUUCUUUAACACGAUAUCAGGAGCUUAUUUACUGCCAAAUAUUUCUAAGGGCUAUGUUUUGGUAAAAUAUGUUAGGUGUUUUUUUUCCUGCAGGAUAAGCCAUUUUGCUCAAAUAUUACAUGAAUGGUUUAGAAAUUUUGUUUUAUUUGUUAUUUUUAUGACCAGCAUUUACACAAAAGGCUCAUAUUUAUGAUUUUGUAUAUGAUUUUGUAAGAGUAUAUAAUGUUGGA